AUGGACAUGGUAAAAGUAAAUGGCGAGAUGGUGAUAUAUAGGAUGGAGAAUGGAAAAAUGAUAAAGUAAAUGGUAAAAAUUUAUUUUAGUAUAAAUGGAUACAAAUUUGAAGGAGAAGUAAAUAUUAUAUUCUAUUUCUAGUGGAAAAAUGAUAAAUAAUAUGGUAAAGGAGUAGAAAAUUGGCCAGAUAGAGCAAAAUAUGAAGGUCAAUAUUUUUAAGGUAAGAAACAAGGUUAAGGUAUAUUAAGUUUUGGUGAUGGUUUAAGAUAUGAGGGUGAAUACUUAUUAUUCUAUUUUUAGGGGAAUUCUUCUAAGAUGAUCUGGAGAAGGAACAUUUUUUUGGCCAGAUAAAAGUAUAAAGGAUAAUAGAAAAAACAUCAAAUACAUGGCAAAGGAUACCAUAUAUGGUAAAAAGUUUAUAGGAACCUUUAUAUAAGGUUGUAUUAUUAUCUUAUUUCUUAGAAAGAUAACAUGGAAUUGGAAUCUGUUAUUCAUAAAAUAAAAAAGUUAAAGUUGGUGAAUGGAAUGAUACAAUAAGAAUUAAAUGGUUUGAACAAAAUAAAGUUGAUUAGUUAAUUGAAGAAUAAAAAAAUUAAAAGAGAAGAUUUUUUUUAAUUACAUUGA